AUGAGGCGACCUCUCGCUGCUUUUGCUGUCCUUUUUGGCGGAGGUUGGCCCGUUUCAGGGGACGGCCUGAAUGUUCGCGCCCGACGUAAUGGACUGCAGUACUUUGGAACCCAAGUUUCCACUUCCAUCCUCAACGAUGCCCAAGCCAACGCCAUCGCCAUCCGCAACCAAGACUUCGGCACAUACACGUGCGAAUAUGAGCAGAAGUUUCGAUCCAUUCAGCCUAGCCGCGGUUCUUUCAAUUAUGACCUGUCCGACCGUAUCGUGAAUCAAGCUCUUAAUAACGGGAUAAUAAUGCGGUGCCAUACCCUCAUCUGGCAUCAGAGUGUUCCGACCUGGGUCACGGAAGGCAACUUUGACAACGCUACUAUUGUCGAGAUUAUCAAGAACCAUAUCACAAACGUCGUCACUCAUUUCAAGGGGAAAUGCUAUGCCUGGGACGUCGUCAAUGAGGCUGUCGACGGAAACGGCUUCUUCCGCGGAGACAAGACCCCAACUGAAUCCAUCUGGUACUCAAAAGUCGGCCCAGCUUUCAUCCCCAUAGCAUUCGCCGCUGCUGCUGCCGCCGAUCCGUCCGCGAAGUUGUACUACAACGACUACAAUAUCGAGUAUCCCUCGCCCAAGACAGACGCAGUCAUCAACAUUGUCAAAUUGAUCCAAGCGUACGGCGCCAAGAUUGACGGCGUCGGUCUGCAGGCCCACUUCAAAACCGGUGAACUUCCGGCCACUUCAAGGCUAGUCUCAGCGCUCACGUCCUUCACCACCCUGGGCGUCGAUGUCGCAUAUACUGAACUGGACCUCGAAACACCUGCCAGCAAUCCAGACCUUACGCAGCAGGCACUGGACUUUGCUACCGUGGUGAGAGCUUAUACCGUGUGA